AUGUUUCAGCACAAAACCCUCAAAGCGGUCUGCAGCGAGGUCUACGUCUAUGACGAGGAGCAAGUGCCACAGCUCAAGCCGCUGCUGCAGAGCCAGAUCUAUUGCAGCCGAGGACAGUGGGGAACCGAUGUCCAGCUGCACGACUUCUUUGUUACGUCGAACAUCCAGACAGAUGACCCAGCUGAGGCUGACUUUUUCUUUGUUCCUGGCUACGCCAUCUGCGUGCUGGAAGGUAAUAUCUACAGUCUAGAUGAGGUCGAUGAGCUUUACAAGGAGCUUGUGGGGGCUUUGCCGUACUUCAAUGCCUCAGGUGGCCGCGACCACAUCUUUGUCUUUGGCUCCGGCAUGGCUCAGAGCGUGUUCCAGUCCUGGGAGGAGUACAUUCCGCAGGCCAUAGUGCUCACGCCUGAGACGGAGCUGUUCAACGACUUUGCCUGGGUUGCAAUACCUCCCUACCGACCUUUCAAGGACGUUGUGAUUCCCGGGAGCUUGGACUUAAUCGAGGUCAUCAAGGCCCUCGAGAAGUCGAAGCCACUUCGUGACCGGCGCUAUCUGACUGCGUUUUUUGGCCGCGCUGAUAUUGCUCGUGGGCCUCAUCCUUGGGUGGGUGGCGUGGAUAUCAGGUUCUUCGCCACUGUAGCCUGUAGCUAUGCAGCUGUGGGACGUACUUGGCACGUGCACUGCCAAGAGCUGCUGGCCCUCCAGGAGUUACCGGGAACGGGCUGCAGCCAGCGAGAGAAAGCUUCGCGCUUGAGACUCACGUUUGCCUGUCAGAACCUCGGUGCCACUUCUUGGACGGUUCCUCCAUCUGGGCAUGUGAAGGCCAGCAACGCAGAUUUUGAUUUCAGGCAUUUCCUGGUAGGUGGCCUUUCGCAGUGGAAGCAGAAGACUCUCCACCUGCGCCUGGACCCCAGCGCAAACAAGUUGGUGUACUUGGGCGGUGGCGCCUACUGUUUGGCCGCCUUGGACAAAUUGGCAACUACUAGUAUCGCUGGCCGGUGGGCUGCUGACUCCGAGGUGAUACAGCUGCAAAGCGACAGCGCCGCCUCCAUCGGCGCCAAAGCAAAGUCUGAGGUUGUUUGCCUCCGUGUCGCAGAUGGCUGUCCACCAGAGGCAGUGGAGGGAGGCGUAGUGACAGUGGAGCUGAUGCCCGGCUUCGGUUUGCUGGACCUCUACGGGCAGCCAGGUCUGUACCACGUGCAGGACCAGUCCCUGCUUCGCUCUGUGGAAAGGGCCAAGGGUGGCAGGUACAGUGCCACCGACCUCUUCUCCGGUCGGAAGGAUCGAGUCGCACGCGCUCUGGAGGCGUUGCUGGAGGCUUCAGACAUUGAGCAGUCCGGGCGCCUUCAGGUGCUCGUGAAUGAGGGUGUUUCUUCCCCGGCAGAAGCGGGAGAGCUCCUCCAGCUCGAAAUUGCUGCAGGUGCAGGGGCAGAAAGCAACAUUUCACUGUUUGCAUUGCUGGCUCAGAUGCUGGACUCAAGGGGCGAUGCUUUCGCUUUGCUUCCGAUGAUCUUGCGAGCGCAGUGCGCUGGAGGCCCAUCGCUAUCACCAGCAGCUGCAGAACUCCGCGAGGUCCUGGGCCGGCACAGUGUCAGAUGGCAAAUCUCAGCAGAGGACAUUGACACGUCCCUGCAGCGAGGGUUCUGGACCCUGCCAGCAGAUCUGAGCGGACUCCAUCUGCGGGAGCGAGAGGCAGAGCGGUUGCUGGAGAGAGCUCGCAGAGAGCUCUGGACAGAGGGCAGCGCCUCGCGGAAGGAGCUGGAGAUGCAGAUCCGCAAGUUCUUGUGCUUGCACCUGGUCGGCGUGGCCGCGUGCAGGGCGCGUUUGAGGUUCAGCUUUGCUCGCCCUCGGGCGACUCCUGCUGCACAGGAGAUGCUUUCGGCGCACCGGUUCUCGCCACUGCCUGCAAUGCCUGGCCUAUGGUGGCGCCUGGAGUUGGCUCCUUUGGAGCUGCCAGAGCUGUAG